GAGGAAGAGGAAAAGAAAAGAGGAUCUGGUAGUCCUUUUUAUAUAGCAAAGCGGCCACGGUGGAAAAAUUUUUCAGUUGACUCAAGCAGCGGUGCUGCCCGGUGAACGGAGUGCGGUACCGGCGAAAAGGGCAGCCUUUAUGAAAUUUUGGGGCAGUUUUAAAACUGAUUCUUUGGUGAUUGGAGUUCCAGCUGGUUGUGCCGUUGUGGUGUGUUGGUGUGCUGUUGGCUGUGUGUGUAUUACUGUUGCUGUGCUGGCCAAUUGAAGCUGCCGUUGCUCAGUUGAUAGGCUGAUAAGUUUUGCGAUGAGGUUAGCGUCGAAAUGGGCCGAUGAGCCUGAUCUGGUUGAGGAGGCACAGGAGCAGGACCAUAUGAAGGAUGCCAACGUGAUAACGUGCAAGAAAGGCCAGCCGUUGGUUUCACGGUGGGCUGAGAGCAGUGGCGAUGAGGAGGAUGGUGGUGAGGAAGAGGAGCCUGUGCGGUUGGAGAGACGAGGUGGGAAGAAGGAGACGAGACAUAAAGGACGUGGCGAUCUGGCAUCGAGGUUGGGCCAAUUGGCUGUUUCCGCUGGAGAUCACACGGGUGAUGGCCGUGGUGGCCACCGUGAUGAACACCACGGUAAUGACCACGGUGACCACGAUCACCACGAUCACCACCACGGCGACCAAGAAGCAGACGACAGGCCACCGCCCACCAAAGCUGCUCGUGACUUUGCCGCUAGGCUGGGCAUUAAACUUGAUAGUGGCCCCAAGUCGCACACUGAAGCUGAAAGAAAACACAAUAGGGACAAGAAGAUGCGCUCGAACAGUGAGUGGGACAGAGGGAAGAGAGACUCGGCCCACCAGGCCUCGCCUUCAAGGAGCGUGGCAAGGAAACCGCAUGGUGAUGCUCCUCGUAGUCACAAGAGUGACGGUAAACACCGUGAACAUCGUACUGGCCACAACAAGAAGAAACAGGAAGAAGACAAGCCCUUCAACCAGGAGGAGUUCAACAAGAUCUUUGCGAAGGAGUACCAACUCAACGAGGACAUUGCCAAUGGUAAGAAAGUGGACUGGUCUGCUUUCGAUGAUGACGACUUUUAAUACAUGACAAUCUGGUUCUAAUCUUUAUACAGGUAU